AUGGCCAAUGAAAACAAUGCAGCCGAAUCGAUAGCCAGGAAACUCGCACAAGAAGAAGAAUGGUUACUCAACUUCGAGAAAAAUAUCACAAAAAGUGGACAGAUCAGACAAGGAAUCGAACAAGUAGUGGAAAAGUUUGACCAAAGGCUGGGCUUACUUGAGAAAAAUGUUCUCCCCAUGCAUAUUUCUAACGGAAAGCUUCAAAAAAAGCAGCAUAAUAUUCAACGUCUGAUCAAUACUAUUGAUGCUACCCUUCAAUUUUACGGGAAAACCAGCACAGUCGAAACCGCAAUAAACACUGGAAACCCAACGGCCGAGCUAGAUUCUUAUUUGGAAAAUAUGGAAAGUCUUCAACAAGCGAUUAUAUUUUUCGAAACACAUCCGAACUAUCGAAGUCAGACCGAAAAUAUGAGAAUAACACUGGAUACUGGGUACACUGUUUUAGAGAAGGCAUAUAAAUCGUUUCUGCUCAAACAUAGUCUCACUCUGGAUCCAACACCAUUUAUCAAAAGUGAACUGUCUCCUCGAUUGAACGAAAUCAAAAUUCUAUCUGACGAAGAACCUAUCAUCAAAAUUGGUGUUUGGCUUUUGAAACAGCCUCGAAUUCCGACUCACUUCUUAAGCUACUAUUCCGAAAUUCGUGGAGCUCAAAUUUUGAAAAAUAUAAAGAAUAUUGCUGAAGCACAGAAAACGAUGCAGUUAGCAACUCGAAGCAAAUUGUCUACCGUACGAAAGCCAACACAGCGUCCAGAAAAACUCGAUGGUCUAGCUGAUGUGGACUCAUGCCAUGUAAUGUGCUCAGCAUUGCUCAGCUUAUUAGAGUUGGAAGAAAAGUUGAUGGUCAGGGCCAUUCCAGAUACCUCGAAAAGAGCUCAAGUUUUCCGCGAGCUUGUAUCAAGACCUCUGGCAUAUGUGGUUCUUCAAACACAAAAAGUAGUGAACGAGAAAGACAUUGGAAUCAUUCCUCUACUUCCCCUGCUUCACCUUCUGUCCCAGAAUUUGGCUAGGUUCCAUAAUUUGGCGGCGAACAGCAUUGGAGAUGUUCAGUUUGAUUCCCUCAUGCGUCAGUUACAAGUGAAAUGUUCUUCAUAUGUGAAUGAAGUUGUAGAACAUUUGAAUGAGGACACUACGAAGUUUGUGCCUCCUGAUGGAAAUGUUCACCCAACCACCGCUUCAACACUCAACUUCCUUUCGAGUUUAACAGCUCAUCGAGUUACGGUAACACAACAUAUACUCGCAUUGACUGCUCCACAAGGGACCAACACAAACCUUCUGCUUCCAAAACUUUUUGCUCGGAUACUCUCUGCUCUGGGUAGUAUGCUCAAGAAGAAAGCAAAUCUUUAUGAUGACCCUACUCUGGCUACUAUUUUCCUACUUAACAAUUACAACUACAUUGCGAAAACUCUGGCUGAUGAGAAAGAUGGCCUUCUACCAGCUAUUACAGAAAUGAAUUCGAAUAUUCUGUCUUUUUAUCACGAAGAGAUUUCUACAUGUACCAAUGAAUAUCUGAAGAGCUGGAAUGGAAUUGCAUCUGUUUUGAAAUCGACGGACAGGAUAGGAGAAGACAAGCAAAUGGCAAAGCAAAUUAUGAGUACCUUUAUUCGCGACUUCGAUCAAAUUCUUGCCCAGCAAAUGGACUACUGUAUAUCUGAUCCUAAAAUAUGUGCCCACGUUCAAUCUGAAGUUCGAGCUCGCAUCUGGAAAAACUACUCACAACUCUUGGAUGCUUGUCAACGACUUCAUUUAUUUCCACAGGGAAUUAAAUACACUGAAAACACUUUCGAAAUGGCUAUCAAAAAUUUAUUCUCAUCUGCCAGAAUAAAUUAA